AUGGACAAGUCGGGUGGCUUUCAAGAGGCCCGGUACCUUGAAUUUGUGCGCUCAUCAUCUCCAACCGGGAUUGACAAUAAACCUAAGUUGAAUCGAUACUCAACCCAUUUGACUCGCGAACAUGACUUCCCAGGUGCACAAGCCAUGCUGUUCGCGGCAGGUGUGCCAGACCGUCUCGCAAUGCAGACCUCACCACACGUCGGCAUUGCGAGCGUUUGGUGGGAAGGAAACCCGUGCAAUAUGCAUCUCCUCGACCUGGCCAAAGAAGUUAAGAAAGCCGUUCAGUCUCGCGGGAUGCUGGCAUGGCAGUAUAAUACAGUCGGCGUGAGCGAUGCCAUCACAAUGGGCAAUCAAGGCAUGCGCUUCAGUCUCCAGACGAGAGAGAUCAUAGCCGACUCAGUCGAAACUGUCACUUGUGCCCAAGCACAUGAUGCAAAUAUUACGAUCCCAGGGUGUGAUAAGAACAUGCCGGGCUGCAUAAUGGGAAUGGCGAGGCACAACAGACCUAGUCUCAUGAUAUACGGUGGGACAAUCGACAAAGGAUAUAGUAAGACACUUCGAAGACCUAUAAACGUUGCCACCUGCUAUGAGGCCUUCGGUGCGUAUACAUAUAAUACGCUGCGCCAACCAGAUGAUGGCGGAGACACCUCCAAGACUCAAGAAGAAAUUAUGGAGGACCUAGAAGAGCAUGCUUGUCCUGGUGCUGGGGCUUGCGGAGGUAUGUACACUGCAAACACCAUGGCCACUGCGAUUGAGUCGAUGGGCCUAAGUUUACCUGGCUCAAGCUCCACACCAGCCACGUCACCUGCGAAAAUGCGAGAGUGUGCAAAGGCUGCAGAUGCGAUCCAGGCUUGUCUAGAGCUCGACAUAACCCCAAAGAAGCUUCUGACAAAACGAUCAUUCGAGAACGCUCUUGUUAUUACCAUGGCGUUAGGCGGAAGCACAAACGCCGUGCUUCAUUUUCUUGCCAUGGCUGUGACCGCCGGGGUAGAACUUACAUUAGAUGACUUCCAGAGAGUGAGCAAUAAGAUCCCGUUCAUAGCCGACCUUGCACCCUCUGGAAGAUAUGCUAUGGCCGACCUAUACGAAAUCGGGGGCAUCCCUAGUGUGCAGAAGUUCUUGAUCGCGGCUGGGUUGUUGGACGGUGGCAUUCCGACAGUUACAGGAAAGACCCUGGCCGAGAAUGUAGCAAGUUGGCCAAGUCUGCCUGCAAACCAGGUUAUUAUCAAGAGUCUGGAGGAUCCGAUCAAGAAGUCAGGUCAUAUCCAGAUCCUGAGGGGCAAUUUUGCGCCUGCGGGUGCAGUCGCCAAGAUUACCGGCAAAGAAGGCCUUAAGUUCACGGGUAAGGCACGCACUUUUAACAAAGAAAUUCAGCUUAAUGAAGCAUUGAACCGGGGCGAGAUCCCGCCGGGAGAGAACUUGGUCCUCAUCGUGCGUUAUGAAGGACCUAAAGGCGGACCCGGUAUGCCUGAGCAAUUGAAGGCUAGUGCUGCCAUCAUGGGCGCAAAGCUUACCAACAUUGCCUUGGUCACAGAUGGACGUUAUUCCGGAGCUAGCCAUGGAUUCAUUGUAGGACACGUUGCCCCGGAAGCUGCAGUAGGAGGCCCGAUUGCGCUGGUGCACGACGGAGACGAGAUCACCAUCGAUGCUGAAACAAACUCGAUCAGCGUGGCUGUGAGCGAUGAGGAACUUGAAAAAAGAAGGCAGAAGUGGACUCCUCCACGAAUGGCCGUGACAAGAGGUGUGUUGGCCAAAUAUGCCGCUCUGGUCAGUGAUGCCAGUCAUGGAGCCGUCACAGAUUUGUUCUGA